CGGUGCGGGCAGCCGCUGUUGUUGUCCAAAAGGCAGCAGGUAACAGCGUCAACGUGGCAGCAGGUGGCAGUUUCCACGCGGCAGCAGGUGGCAAUUUCCACGUGGCAGCAGGUGGCAGUUUCCACGUGGGAGCAGGUGGCAGUGUUCACAUGGCAUCAGGUGGCGGUGUUCACGUGGCAGCAGCAGGGGGCAAUAGCAGCGUGUCACUUCUAGCGGGCGACACCAAAACUAUGACGAGCAGUUUAUGACUUCGUCACGCAAUCUGAAUGCGAUUUCGAUCAGGUACAUACUGCAUUCUUCCACGGUAUCUGCCCUAACUGUUUGGCCGGAUUCUGCACGGAACUGACCGCCGCCACUGACCGCCGCCGAAGCUCGCGAUAACCGCCUUCGCCCUGUCACCUCCACUCCGCUCUGAACAUCAACGGCUCAAGCAAGGAAGAUCUAUAUCUAUAGACGGCCGCCUCUGAGCAGCAACACAACGGCUCAAGCAAGGAAGAUCUAUAUCUAUAGAUCGCCGCCUCUGAGCAGCAACACAACGGCUCAAGCAAGGAAGAUCUAUAUCUAUAGAUCGCCGCCUCUGAACAGCAACACAACGGCUCAAGCAAGGAAGAUCUAUAUCUAUAGACCGCCGUCUCUAAACAUCAACGGCUCAAGGAAGCUGGCCUGAACAUCUCGUUCUCUCUGCGGUAUUUCAAGCUUCGGGAAUCGAACCCGUAUCUCGUGCUUCGAAGGUGAGGACAAGCAGAAGGGAAGGAUACAGACCGCCGCCGCCGCCGCCUCUGAACGUCCACGGCACCUCUGAGGAAGGAAGACCUACAAACAGAGAUCGGUUCAUGAAAAAGGAAAGAAGACCGACUGGCCUCGCUCGGUUGGUGCACCCAUGAAUUGUUGAAACGCAGACGGGCGUUCGAAUCCAGAUGAAAGGAAAGAAAGGAAACAGAUCUAUAGAUCGCCGCCUCAACAUCAACGGGACAAGGAAGGAAGGGAGAUGUAUAGAUCGCCUCAGCAUCGACGGUUAAGGAAGAUGUAUGUCUGUAGUUCGACAAUAGAUUUGUAGAGAAGAGAUAUAUAAGAGAUCAGUGUUCGCUUUUUCUGAUCCAGCAAGCUAAUCAGGAGAUCGAGAGUAUGGAGGGGACAAGCAAAUUCAACGGCGCGAUGAGCGGGCCCGUGACGCCGGCGAAUGUUCUGGCCCGUUUGAUGAACGAUGGCAUUUUUGACCAAUUACGCGCCAAAAUUACUCAAGAACUCAAACAGAAUGAAGAGCUGCGAAGCUACACGAUGUCACUGGUGGAGAAUAGCCAAGCUCUCAACUUUGUCGGCGCAGACAGGAAGAAAAAAAGAGAACUCUUUGACGCACUCCGGAAGGAAUUGGAUGCAACGUCGAACAUUCCAUCUCAUCAGCGUGCAGGUGUGCUCACCGGUCAGCUUACGCGGUUCGAGCGGUUUGAUUUCAGAACUGCUGCAACCAUGCUUGCUUUCUCGUGGCCAUGCUCCAUCAACAUUAGCUAAUGUUGAUGGACUUGUUACAUUCGUGCUCGCCAGCGUCGACACUCGGUACAUGUAACUCGUCUUACACUGGUUUCGACGUAUGCUUCGCCGGUCCGUGCAUCAUCCUCUUCCACCUUCUCCUCCCCUCUCCUUCCUCCCUCUUCCUCCCCCCCUCCUGCCCCUUCCUCUUUUCCCUCCCCCUCCCCCUCCUUCCCCUCCCCCUCCUUCCCCUCCUCUCGUUUCGCAACUGUCUUUGAAGGAAGAAAGCACCACGAAUGAACUCAAUUGAGAGAA